AUGUACUUGUUUGGGGAAACCAACACAGGGAACGUCCUCUGCGAUUUUUACAAUCACAAAUCGUGCAAAAAUUACAAUGAAUACAAUGUUAUGUAUGCCCCCAGUGGGAACAGGUACUACAUGGUAGGGCUGAAUUAUAUGCAGGACAGCAGUUACAAGGAGAUCCUCACCAUUGCUCAGGUGCCACACUUCGACUUCAUAUACGCGAGGCUUUUCCCGGCGAUGAGGGUCGUCCUGGGGCAGGAACGAGCGACGGGUAGAGCGAAGGAUAGAGCGGAUGGUAAAUCGGAGGAUAAAGCGCAGGAUAAAUCGGAGGAUAAGGCGCAGGAUAAGUCGGAGGAUAAAGCGCAGGAUAGAGCGCAGGAUAGAGCGCAGCACGACUCACAGCCCUGUGUGAAAACUAAAGGGGGUGCGCAAAAAAAGUACGGCGAGCUGAUCACCUUCGUCGACAGCUUCGCGGCGGAUCACCCGUUUGAUCAAAUGGAGUUCAACGAUUACUACGUGCAUUUGUCCAAAGACAUAGAAUAUGUUAGCAACAUAAAAGUGAAAAAUAUUCUGACCAUUCUAAAAGCAGUAUUGUUGGAAAAAAAAAUUGUCAUUUCAUGUUCGAAGAAGGGAAAUGGAUGCAGAAUGGUGUUGCUCCUCCUUUCCUUCAUUCCGGACAUAAUAAAUUUUGGAUUCAAUGUAAAAACUUAUCAGGAUAAAUUUGAAGAAUGGAUAAACUUAAAGCUCCCUCUGAUUUUAUUUCACGAAAAGUAUGUUCUCCUCCUCCACAUAAAUAAUUUGCAGCUAUUUAAUGAACACGCAAAUGGAAAGAACUACUUAAUAUCGACUAGCACAGGUAGCGAUGUAUAUUAUUACGUAAAGAAUAGUGUGGAUGUUUUGUACGAUUUGGACAAUGACGAACUAAUUGUGAAAAAGGAAAAUUUAAUGAAUGUUUUAAGUUUGACAAAAUAUGAAUAUAAUUAUUUGAAGGGCCUUAACUCCAUUUUUCAAUCUUUGAUUAAUUUUUCUUCUCUUUUUUUUGAGACUGCCAAGCAGAGCAGCAUCACGGAAGAUGGUCAUACCGGUGGGGGAUUUUCCAGGGGUCACUCUACCUCUGCUAAUGCAUUGGACAAUCGCUUAGGUGCAAGGGGUUGCCUCGACGGUGGGAACGCCAUUUGGACGCACCAGCAUGGGGAAGUGGAGAGGCACACACGGGGUGGAGAAGUGAUCCCCGAUUGGGAAACGCUUCCUUACAGGAGUAGUAGUAACCAUGGGGGUAAGCAUAAUCAUGUUGAUGGGAAGAGGAACCCCCUCUUGGGAGAAUCCCAAGUUGAUCGAGCCGGAGAAAAACAUGAAUACAUUGAUGACGAAGAUGACAUAUGCGUCCUAGACACGAAAUCUGUGAACUUCCAAAAAGGCGAUCGGAAGAAGUUUGAUCAAAUGAGUGAAGCCGAAGAAAGGAUUCAAAGCAGCAACACAAAAAAAAACAUAUCAAUGAAUGAUCAAUCGGAUAGGUACAUUUCCAACUUGAGGAGCCACUUUCAUGUCUAUUUUAAGAAUUUUUUUAUGUCAAGCAAGGAAAACUACGAAGAGGGGAAAAAGGAGCUGAGAGAACAAUACGAACUGAAUUAUAACAAUAGCUUCCUUCAAUUAUGGCAAGAAACAGAAAAUUAUAAUUAUUUCAUCGAGAAGGAUUUCAAAAUUAACAAAUUUUUAAAAAUUGCAGAGCAGAAUAACGUCCCAUUUAACAAGGAAAAAAUGGAAGACUACAAAUUUGUGGAUGAUUUGUUAAUAAUCGAAAAGAGGGACAAUGCAGAAAGAGGAAAAAAUGCACAAAAAAAUUUUAAGGAUGUUCUGCUAAUAUCGUUAAAGGGUUACGUGUACGAAGGGACCUUUUCCAUUUUAAAAAAUUGCAAAGAAGGGGUAGGAAAAUUUUUGUACAACAUACACGAUAUAACUUUUCAAGGAGAAUGGCAAAACGAUCAGAUAAAUGGGUCGGGUCAUUUACUAUACAAUAACAAAUUCAAAUAUUUUGGAAAUUUUAAAAUAACCUGUUCAGUGGAAAUGGACUCUUCGUUGAUAAUUU